CAUCACGCAGUACGCGUACUUGCAAGACCGGCGUAAGAGAAAGCUUAGCUACACGACGACGGCCUGCACUUAUGCGAUAGCACGAUAGUUUGGACCAUGAAACUAGAUGAAGCGACCUCAUAUCUAGCCCGGCACAUCUGUAGUAUGUUUUACCGACACAUAGUGAGCGCUAAGGCACGUCAUUCCGCUUGCUGUAGUACGAAGAGCAGAUGCCGACUUUCAUGUUUCCAAGUUCAUCCUUCCAAGUCAAUCAGCAUGUCAGCAGGCUUCUUCCCGAAAAGCGAGUCACUCGAAGUCAACGAACUGUGGAAAGGCCUCAUCACAGCUUCUCAUAUAUUGCACUAUCACCGUGUCCUUGAUGCUUACGGUCACAUCUCAGUCCGCAAUCCAGAUAAUGCAAACACAUUUUACAUGACCCGCAAAGUUGCUCCAGCACUCGCAAGUCGAGGCGAAGACAUUGUAGAAUACAAGGUAGAAGAUGCAACACCUGUACAAUCCAAUGCGCCAGACGGUUUCAUCGAGCGAUACAUCCACAGCGAAAUAUACAAGCGCUUCCCGUCGAUGAACUGUGUUAUCCACAGUCACUGUCGCGAAAUCUUGCCGUACUGCAUCAACGACAUCCCCUUACAGGCAGUCAUUCAUCAAGCCGGAUUUAUAGGCAGCCGAGCCCCAGUAUGGGAUAUCUCAAGCACAUACUCGACGUUCUCAUCCUCCGAUCCGUAUGACCUACUUGUCCGAAACACCUCUAUAGGCAGUUCUCUCGCCGCUGAGUUCAAGCCUUCCACGUCUGCUGGAUUUAUCUUCUCACAGAUGAAAUCCGCGCUGCCGAACAUCGCCGGGAAGUCGUCGAACAACACUAGCGUUCCAUCCUAUGCAGUCGUUCUCAUGCGUGGCCAUGGUUUCACAACAUGUGCUGAAGGCAUUGAAGCUGCUGUGUAUCAAGCGAUCUAUACUAAGGAGAACGCCAUCGUGCAGACUACGGCACUGAAUAUGAAGAACGCAGUCAGCGGAAGCACUAUUGAAGGCAAAGUGGAUGUUGAGGGCAGCGGAAAGAUCAAGGAUGGAAAGUUGAAGUCUGACAAGGGAUUACGUGGACUGAGUGAUAAAGAAAUUGCAGAUACAGUUAAGAUGAAUCAGGAGUCAAUGAUGAGGCCAUGGGAGUUGUGGUGUCGAGAGGUCGAGGUGCAGCCUCUGUAUAUCAACGAAUGUUAGACAGAUUGAACACGCAGGUCUGGGCUAUACAAUCUGGGAUCUCUCGCGACAAGAUGGUUAACACGAUAUCUGCACGGACAAAGUAGUUUUCCAUCUGAUCUAUAACCUAGGUUCAUUCUCGAUUAAGUGUUCAUAUUAUAUUAAUACUUUAUUAAACAUGAAAGCUUUAGCGCGCCGU